CGGUUUCAGAAGAGGAAGAACUGAAACAAACCAUGUGACCGUCUUAUUCUUAAAUACCAACCAGGAAAAGAAAGUCAGAGCGGGUUCAGCAGGAGCAAUAAUGAUGAGUCCGACUAACCAAGGCCUGAUGUUGGGGAGCCUGCUGCUCGUCUCCUUCUGUGUGGGGGCAGCAGCCAUGUUUGAUGGCAAAUUAGAAGCCCACUGGGAGCUGUGGAAGAAGACACAUGGGAAGAGUUACAAAAAUGAGGUGGAGAACGUGCGCCGCAGGGAGCUGUGGGAGAAGAACCUGAUGCUUAUUACUGUGCACAACCUGGAGGCCUCCAUGGGGCUUCACACCUAUGAACUGGGCAUGAACCACAUGGGAGACUUGACAGAAGAAGAGAUUUCGCAGUUUUUUGGCUUUCUCACUCCUCCCACUGACAUCCAGAGGGCGCCAGCUCCCUUUGCAGGGGCAUCAGGUUCUGACAUACCCGACACCAUGGACUGGAGAGAGAAGGGCUGUGUCACCAGCGUCAAGAAGCAGGGUGCUUGUGGAUCAUGCUGGGCCUUCAGUGCUGCAGGGGCCCUGGAAGGCCAGUUAGCAAAGACUACAGGAAAGCUGGUGGAUCUCAGUCCCCAAAACCUGGUGGAUUGUUCUAGCAAAUAUGGCAAUCAUGGCUGCAAUGGUGGACUCAUGCACCAAGCUUUCCAAUAUGUCAUCGACAACCAAGGAAUCGACUCUGAGGCUUCUUACCCCUAUACAGGAUAUGAUGGAGCGUGCCACUACAACCCAUCAUCCCGUGCUGCCAACUGCUCCAGUUACCAGUUUCUGACUGAAGGGGACGAGAAUGCCCUGAAGCAGGGACUUGCCACCAUUGGACCCAUUUCAGUGGGAAUUGAUGCCAAGCGGCCCAGGUUUGCUUUCUAUAGAAGUGGAGUGUAUGAUGACUCAUCAUGCACACAGGAUGUGAACCACGGGGUCUUAGCUGUGGGCUACGGCACUCUGAAUGGACAGGACUACUGGCUUGUAAAGAACAGCUGGGGAACUACCUUCGGAGAUCAGGGCUACAUCCGGAUGGCACGCAACAAGAACAACCAGUGUGGCAUUGCUCUGUAUGGCUGCUACCCCAUCAUGUAGCCUCAGAGGGAACUGACCUGAAUCCCUCACAAAAUGAAUAAUGUAUCAUUUAUAAUUAUUUUUUGUACUACAAGUCUUCAAAUACUACAUCUUCAAAGCAGUACUUUAUGGUGCUUCUCUUGAAGAAUAUUUGUUGAGGAGGAAUCAAGUUUUUCUCUCCACACUGAAUAUGAUUAUGUCACUGAGUGAUUAUAGGACUGAUUGUCUUUGGCUUGUGUUAGAGUUUAGAUCUGUGUGCUUGUUUAAAACUGUAACAUUGUAUAAGUGAAAAGUCUUUUUUCAGCUGGCCCUCAUUUCAAACAGGUCAAACUACUUUUCUAAAAAAGUGCCCUUGACAGGAAAGGUUUGGUUUUUGUUUUUAAAAGAUUUAUUUUUUCACACAUUAAAGAAAACAAUAUUUAGCCAACAAUGUUUACUGUAGUUAGCAUUAACUAGGAUAACUGGCAGUACGUACUUCUGUCAAAGGCUAAAGUGUAAAAAGUUGUGAUUUUAGUGAACAUUUCAAGCUUAGCUAUAUUUUAUUUGACAUGAUGCGGGAAGAUUACAUUCAUAAUAGAAGCUUACCAGCUGCUUUGCUGUUUCUACUG